UCAACACGAACUUAAUUUUUUUUUUUUCAAGUUUCAACCAAAUCUAUAUCCAAACACUAUCUACAUCAACGUUUUUUGUAGUCUCGUAAAAUAACUGUGCUACGCAGAGGUCAAUGCAAGAAUUGUAGUCAGUGGGAUCGAAGUGGUACGAAUUGUUAUAUAGGAGUACAUUAUCUUUUUUGUGUAAAGUUUUCCACCUAUUUAUAUGGCCUAAGCUUAAGCCAGUAUUUGCAACUACACACUGGGGAAGUAAUUUCCCAUCCUUAACGAAAUAGUUCCUCCGGAAUCAAAUGAACAACGACGAUUACUUAGGAUGCUGUGACACAGUAGAAUCAUUGCCAAUAGGCAAUAGCAUGCUAUGUGCCUAAGUGUGAGAAGAUCGUGCAAGUUAUGUUAUGCUCAAGUCUAAUAAGAUGUACUUUCAAAUGGAUCACAAAACCACCAACAAAUAGCCUAGAUCUUCCUAUGGUGUUACACUUGUGCAAACUUUACCCAGAGAAGCCACUCUAUGGCGGCGGAAUUUUAAAGGAUAAGUUUCCGGAGUUUCAGGGGUUUACGGUAGCGGAUGGAAAGAAUGUCCAUUUACCUGUUUUCAGAUUGCAAGAUCUCACCCCUGGCACCAUUUAUUCUUUUUCCACUUGGAUUAAGAUAAAAAAUGCAGAUUCUUCUCUCAUAACAGCAAGCGUAGGUGACAAAGAUUCUGAAGAACUAUGUGUUGGCACUGUAGAUGCUAAGCCUGGAUGCUGGUCCUUCCUCAAGGGUGGUUUUGUAGCUUCUAAACUUAAUUUAUCUUCCAUUUAUUUAAAGAAUUCAGAUCAAGAAGCUUUGGAAAUAGAGAUUGCUAGUGCUUCAUUGCAGCCUUUUACUGAGGAACAAUGGAUCUUAAAUCAACAGACAAAAAUUAACAUGGCAAGGAAGCGCGCUGUUACUAUUCACGUCUCAAAUAAACAAGGAGUUAGACUUGAAGGUGCAAUACUAACAAUAGAACAAGUUUCCAAAGAUUUCCUCCUUGGAUCUGCUAUUGCAUAUACCUUUAUUGGUAAUACCCCCUAUCAGAACUGGUUUCUUGAGCGAUUCAAUGCUGCAGUUUUUGAAGAUGAAAUCAAGUGGUACACCACAGAGCCUAAACGCGGUCAACUUAACUAUACCUUAGCAGACCAGUUGCUGGAAUUUGUUCGAAGAAACCAGAUCACUGUCAGAGGUCACAAUAUUUUCUGGGAGGACCCAAAAUAUACACCAGGUUGGGUUCAAAAUCUUACAGAUUCUGAGCUGAAAUCAGCUGUUAACUCCAGGAUACAGAGUCUUAUGAGUAAAUACAAAGAUGAAUUUGUUCACUGGGAUGUUAACAAUGAACUGCUUCACUUUGAUUUUUAUGAGCAAAGGCUGGGACCAAAUGCCACACUAGAAUUUUACAGGACAGUUCACCAACAAGACCCUUUGGCAACCUUGUUCCUCAAUGAAUUCAAUGUGGUAGAAAAUUGUGAUUCUAAGUCCACUGUAGACAAGUAUAUUUCAAAGAUCAGGGAGCUCAAAGAAGAUGGCAUGUCAAUGGAUGGAAUUGGACUUGAGGGUCAUUUUGGAGUCCCCAAUCGGCCUCGAAUAAGAGCUACUUUAGAUAAAUUAGCAACAUUGGGGCUUCCCAUUUGGCUCACAGAAGUUGAUAUCAGUGAAACAUUUAGCAAGGAAACACAGGCUAUUUACUUAGAACAAGUAUUGAGGGAGGCCUUCUCACAUCCGGCUGUGGAUGGGAUAAUGCUGUGGAGUGCCAUAAGGAGAAACAAAUGUUACAGAAUGUGCCUUACAGAUCCAGACUUAAAUAACCUACCAACUGGUAAUGUAGUGGACAAGCUUCUGAAGGAGUGGGAAACUGGGGUUCUGAAGGGCCAAACAGUUGCACGUGGUUCUUACAGCUUCUAUGGCUUCCUUGGUGAUUACAAAGUUACUGUUAGUUAUGGAGGUCAAGUUGUGGAUGCAGCAUUCUCACUUAGCCGCAGUGAAGAGACUAAGCAUUUUAGCAUUCAGCUGUGACUAGCAGUAAUACUCAUCCAAUGUGUAACUGUAACUUAAAAGCAUAGAGCAUUCAAAUUAGCAUAAGAUGCAUUUUCUUUUUCUUCUCAAGCUCAGAGAAGCAAAGAAUGUACAAGAUGUAUUAAUUACGCCAAAUGGCGAGCCUAACUAAGCAAAUCUUGUUAACGGUUAAUGA